AAUGUUUUGGUGAAAACUUAUCUGAAAUAAUAAAUAAUUUUCUACACUUGCUUUUUCUUUGAUUCGAACUACUUUACUUAGUCACCACAAUGGAUGAAGAGAAUUCUGCGAGGAAGUUCUUAAAAGAGAUUAUGUCUCAACUAGUUAAAAAUAUCGUCAAUAAGGCAAAUAAACAUCUUGUAUGUCAUUCUCAGCUAUGUCGGAGGUUUAAGGAAAAAACAGGCUUUGAAAUGGAGGAAUUUUUAGACAUCGAUGGCUGUGGCGUCAGUGAAGAUGAUGUGAUGGACGUUAUACGGGAUGUUCCUGGCUUAAGCGUUUCAUAUGAUAAAUAUUUCAUCGAUGGCAGUGUUUCUUUGUCACAUAGCAAUAAAUUAGUGAAAAAUCGGGAGAAAAUUUUGGUUAGCUGUGCUAAAUUAGUUAUAGAUAAAAAAGAAAUGUACGAUAUGGACAAAUGUAUUGAUGAACUGGGGAACUCUCCACUUCAUGUGCUAAUGACCUUGCCCGGAAUUAAAGACGAUGGUUAUUUGCUUGAAAAUCUAUUUAACACUGGUGUCAACCCACUUGCUGUUAAUAAAAAUCGUGAAACUUUUUUGCAUGUUCUGUUUGGGGAAUGUCAUUUUAAAAGCAUUGGACAUAUUUUCUUUGAUCUUGCGAAAGAGCGAAAAGAACGAAAGAACGCGAAAUUGUUUGACGAAGAUCGAAAAGCUGUACUUGAAUUUGUAAGCGACAACAUAUCUCCUGACAAAUUGGCGUCUUUGUUCGAAGCUCAAGAUGAAAAGGGUAAUACGGUUUUGCAUGAUUUUGCCUUAUCUACAGCUAUCCAUGAUAAAUGGGCUUAUGAAUCGACGACUUGUCGUAAGUUGCUCGAAUUUGAAGGCAAACAAUCUUUGAUGAUUCCCAACCGAGAGGGGAAUGUCCCUCUUCACUACGCGUUCAAUCCGAGCAUAUUUCGCAUUUUUGUUGAAACAUGGAAGACAAAUUGUCGCGAAAGAAAUGAUCGUCUGGAAACACCUGUACUAUACAUCCUGAAAAUGUCAGUUGCCCUCGCAUUUAUCCAAAAAGAUGAAUUUGAUGAAUUGAACCUUGAGGAGUUCGUUACUAACAUAAACAGACGAAACGUCCCCACAGCAGUCAAGUUGUUACAAAACCUACAAGAGAUCAUUACCGAUAACGAAGAAACCAAGGAAACCGUUUGGAUUCCCGAUGUUAAAGGCAACAUACCCAUUGAUAUAAUAUUGAUCGCCAUCCGAAUAACCUCAUAUUGUAGGAGAUCAAGCAUGUCAGAUGUUCACGUGACCCUGGCGAAGUUAUUGUACGUUAUUCUUUCUGUUGCAAGUCAACAAAAUCUUCAAAGAAAAAACAAUCGUGGGCAAAGUUUCUUUCAUCUUCUCCUAGACACCAAAAAUGAUGUUGUCAAGGAAAACUACAUCAUUGAGGCGAUUGAAAUUCUGUUGGAAAACCAUGUAGAGAUCGACGUCAAGGGUGAUGGUGAUGGGUACUGUAUUAAAGAUAAAAUUCACGAGUUUAAAGAAACAUCCCCAAAACUUUACAAGAAGUGCGUGGAGUCAUUUUCAUUGGAGACGCGCGAGUUGAUGUCAUGUCCACCUCGUCAUAAUGACAUUGCCCUUCGUUUGGCGAAUGAGCACGGUCCAUUGAUAACAGUUGUCGACAAGUAUCGUUAUUUUCAUCAAGAGUCUAUUGGCUCCGGAGCGUUCAGUAACAUAUUCGUUGCAAUCAAAGAUGAAAACGUCGACAACAUAUCUGGUACCAUUCAGUGUCGGGCAUAUGCUUUGAAACGAAUCGAUAAGGCAAGCAUUAAUCCCAAAGAAAUCAAAAACGAAACGACUGCAUUACUGUCUUUGCCUGGCAGCUGUGAGAAUAUCAUCAAAUAUCACGAUUCCCUUAAUGAAGAUAGGUUCUUUCAGUAUCUUGUCCUAGAUCUAAUGGAUGGUGAUCUUCGUGAGUUCGUUUGCAACAUUCAAGUCAAUUCAAUUUUAAGGAAAGAUCCAAGUCAAUGUGUGGAAGUAACGAAGCAGAUCAUCAAUGGAGUGGCGUUCUUGCAUAAUAAUGAUGUCAUUCAUCGUGAUCUCAAACCUGGAAACAUACUUUAUACAUCGCAUCCCCACCUGCAUUUCAAGAUUGCAGACUUUGGACUCUCUAAAGAUAUCUCGGCUUCAUCCACUAUGAUGUCUACGCUUGGGAAUGCAGUAUUUCUAGCAGCCGGAAGUCGAUGUUGGAUGGCACCAGAGUUAGUAAGCAAGAAGUCAUUGAAGCACACCAAAGAGUCUGAUAUUUUUUCUUUGGGUUUAGUUCUUUACUACCUUAUGUCAUUUGGGGAACAUCCUUUCGCGCCACCUGGUAUUGAUACUCCUGUAUACGUCAUUGAAAAGAAUAUCGUGGACGUUAAUUUAUACAAACAAAAUAGACUUGACUACGAAGCGACAAAUUUUCUUCUGGCAUUGUUGAAUGUACAGCCAUCGAGAAGGACACCAGCAGCGUAUAUCAAUCAACAUCCUUUCCUUUGGAGUGACCACAAGAAGAUAGAAUUUCUCAAAGCGGUUGGCGAUCAACCAGAAGCAGAAAAGCCGUUAAACCAUCCUGACUCAAAACUGGAAAAACAUCUGCAGAAAACACAAACUGGGCAUUUAAUGCCUUGGGACUUAAAGGUUCCAGAUCUAUUUGUGGAAAUGACUAAUGCAUGGAAACAAAAGAAGUAUAGAAAGAAUAAGGUAAUCGAUUUAGUGCGAUUCAUUCGGAACGCUUACGCCCAUAAACAGGAGAGACCAGAUGAUUUACAAGAACAGUUGGACAAAAAUAUUUUUUUAGUCAAGUUUCCUUCUCUUGUUCUUGAUGUCUUCAGUGUUGUGCAACAAUUAAACCUUGAAUCUAGGAAUACAAUAGAAGCAGCUUUGAAAAUUUAAAUUUUCUUCAUGGCUGCUACAUUUCAAUAUGUCAUUUCAGAUCUUGCAUUCUCAUAAACGACGCAUGAUAUUACAUAAACGGUAGCUUUAAAACCAUCGGGUGAAAGGUAGUUAUUAAAAUUUUGAUGGGUGUAUGCUUUUAAUUGUUUUGGCUGCAGUUACCAGUUUAGCCAAUGCAAUCGUCCGAGCACUUCUACAUUUUUAUGUUGCACAAAAGUAUAAAGAUAUUUCCACCAAUUGAUGCAAGCAAAAUUAAGAAGUUCGAAGUACAAAGGUGAACAGGAAGCUAUUGUUGUCAAAAUUUCAGGAAAACAAUGUUUGGUGUAUUAUUUUUUUUUAUUAUUGUCUUCUUUUUUAGUCCAUAAUUACUAGAAAACUUUUUCGAUGUUUUUAUCUGUAUUGUGGUGAAUUGUAUUGUAAAUAAAUACUUUGUUUGGUGGUCGGCCACAAUUAAAUAAAAAUUUGAUGAUGUAUGCAACUUCAGUUCGAUAACAGUCUGGUGUCACACAUUUCAAGUUAUGCGUGGUUAUAAUUUGUUGUGCUACGUUUAAUCUUAAUCAUAACCUUGAUUAGUUACCAUUUGUUUAGGAGAUGUGCCAGUAAGGAUCAGAUUUUGGUGGCUACUUGUCGCCGUAACAUAUCAUACCUCUUCUAGUUUAAUUCUGUUAUCUUUUACUAUGAUUGGGAGAUUUUUGAAUAUGUGCUUCAUUAAACGCUAAUCACAUUUG